GGCGGAAGUGAUGGUAUGUGAGGCUGACGGCGCUGCGAACGGUGAUGGAGGAGGAGCAGAAAGAGAAUGUUCCGAGGGCCGCGGAGAGCGGCCUGGGCCCGGCUUCCGGCUCAGGCCAGGGCCAGGAUCAUUGAGCCACAACUGAUAUUGUCCAUUCCUCUGAGUCCACAAGUUUAUGGCAUGAAGGGCGCAAUAUAACUGAUGGACAACAACUACCAAUGAAACCUACCCCUGCUGCCUACAUUAAGGACUUCAGUGACCCAGUCUACAAAGAAAUUGCUGUCACAAAUGGCCAUAUCAACAGGAUGACUCGCGAUGAACUUCGCACAAAGCUAGCGGAACUCCACCUUGAAACCAGGGGAGUGAAGGAUGUACUGAGAAAGCGAUUAAAAAAUUACUACAAGAAGCAGAAACUGACUCAGACAUUGCUAAUCAAACCAGAGUGUUCAGAUACUUAUUACGAUUACAUCUGUGUCAUUGACUUUGAAGCAACGUGUGAAGAGAACAACCCACCAGAAUACUUGCAUGAAAUUAUUGAAUUUCCUGUUGCCCUUGUGAAUACCCGCACCCUUGAAAUUGAGGAUACAUUCCAGGAAUAUGUCAGACCAGAACUGAAACCCAAGCUUACAGAAUUUUGUACCAAACUCACAGGCAUCACACAGGAAAUGGUUGACAAAGCAGGGAGUUUUCCAGAUGUUCUUCAGCAAGUGGUUGACUGGAUGAGAGAGAAGGAACUUGGAACCAAAUGCAGAUAUGCAGUACUAACUGAUGGCUCCUGGGACAUGAGUAAGUUCCUGAAUGUUCAGUGCCACCUUAGCAGCAUCGAGUAUCCACGGUUUGCAAAGAAAUGGAUUAACAUUCGAAAAAGUUAUGGUAACUUCUACAAGGUUCCCAGGACUCAGACCAAACUCACUUCGAUGCUCGAAAAGUUGGGAAUGAAGUACGAAGGGAGGCCUCACUGUGGGCUGGAUGAUUCCCGAAAUAUUGCACGCAUUGCUAUACGGAUGCUCCAGGAUGGGUGUGAGCUGCGAGUGAACGAGCGGCUGCAUGCAGGGCAGCUGAUGAACGUGCCAAAUAGCUCCCCAAUAGAAAGUGCUCCUCCUCCAUAUUCACCAUGGCAGAAAAUCUAGCCACCAAAAGAAACAUGAUGGGAGCAAACUGGAUUCCAAUGAGCCCAGUCAGUUUAAGAGAGCACAACAUUGUGACUAUUUGCUGGCAGCUACAAAAGACUCUAUUGUUUUCUUUAGAAACUGACUCCUUCAAAAGCACCGGCAGGAUUUUGUGCUACAUUUUUCAAUUAAAUCACAGGAUUGCCUGUUGCAUUCCAAUUGUGCUAUGAGGCUAGCUGUACAGUAUAAAAUGCUGAAAGGUGUGGGGAUGAGAAUUGGCCAAAUUCACCUUAAUCCUUUAGAACCACAAUUUUAAUAUAAAAAAGGACACCUAUGAAAACACUGAUUUAUAAUAAUCCAGCUUUGCCUUUUUAUAUCUUGUUGAGUUUAAACCUUUUGAAAGUAUUGUGAAAUUGUCACCUUUAAAGAAAGAUACUCUUAAUUAAUAGUUUGACAUAUGCAUCCUAAGGCCAUAUGAAGUCUCUCUUACCAAAAGGAAGCCAAGAAUUCAGCUUUAUACAGUCUUAAGCUCAUGACAAGGAUAUUUUUGUUUGUCUCAAUAGACUGAAGACCCAGCAUAAUUCCUCUGCCAUGCUAAUUUGCCAAAAUAAAUGCAACCCAACUUUAUAGGGUUUGACUAAUGAGCAGAAAAUUUCAAUGUGGUAAUUUGCUCCAUCAAACAUGGUGGGAACCUGCAUAUUUCAUAGUUGUUUUUCUUACUCUAUGCCUCAAAGGAACUUGUUCCCUUUUCUCUCUCUCACACCACUCUAAUACAUUUAAUUUUGUACUAAUUUAAAAUUUCUAGCAAAUUAUAUCCAUAACUUUUUUAUGCCAGUUGUUUGAACAUGUACAUCUGGCUGGCAUUUAUACUGCAACGCUUAUUAGAUUUUUAAAUACAAUAUUUAUUUUUCUUUAUACAUCACUUACCAUGCUUUAAUAUUUUCCUUAACUUUUAAAGGAUGCAGAAAUAGCAAUUAAAUUUCCUAAGACAGAGCCACUCUGUACUUGUUCAAGUGUAAUGAAGGCUGUCAUGCCUUUUGAACUUUCCAUCAAGCAAAAGCUCACAGGAGAGAUUCUACCCCCUUGUUACAAAUGUGUAUCACUUUACUCGUACCUCUAUUAAUUGUAUUAACCAUAGAGAUAAAUUUCGUUACUCAUUCUCACAGAUGGCUGUUGACAAAGGUGGUGGGGGUGGAGGUGCAGGGUCAGCACAAAGGGGCAUAACAUUUCUUCAGUCGACAUGGUUCCCUGAUAGGAGUGUGGAAUUUAUCCUUUGUUUCAUUUCUCCAUGUGAAAGUUUCAGUGGGUUGGGACUUGUUACAGAUGUUCAGUGCCUUUGUUUGGAUUUGUUGAUUAAAGGCUCAUUGUCAAAAGUUUUCUUGAAA